CCCAUUCAUUGAAGGCUCGCUCGCGGGCGCCCUCUGGCGUUUCUCAGCCAUGUUUCGACUAUAACGGGAGAAAUGGGACGGGUGGGUGACUUUUAUCGCCCCACCGCGGCGCUGUGUUUAAUUUAAUCUCCUCCAGCAGCAGCAGCGGUACGUUUUGGAAGGCACGGAGCUGCGGAUCUACCAUGAGGGCUGUCUGCCUCCGACUGACCGCAGAGACCGAGCUAAGGGCCAGCCGCGCAUCUCCGCUCGGCGUCUGCAGUGAUUAAACGGAUUUCCACGCCGCAGUAACUCGCUACAGUGCACCGCGGGGAUGCGUAGUGAUGUCUAGUGGCCAUUUGGAUUAAACACAGCAGCCCGCUUUAAUAUCUGUGCGCUUUCGAAAUGACGGGGGACACGAUUUACAGCCUGCGCAGAGACACGACUCACGGCGAGAACCAGAACACACUGGAACCGCUCCAGAUCUCAGCAGCAGCAGAGCGACUGAAGGGAGGCGACGACAGCCACGUCUAUAACAACAACAACAACCAGUGCAGGCAGAGCAGCAAGAAGAGCCCCUCCGCCGGUCUGACUGCCUCGUCCGGAUUCCCCGUUCAUGAAUGUGUUUAUAAGGGCGACGUGCGGCGGCUCUCCUCGUUAAUCCGCACCGAAAACAUCGCCCAGAAAGACGUACACGGAAAUACACCCCUCCACCUGGCUGUGAUGUUGGGCCAUAAAGAGUGUGCUCAUCUGCUUCUGGCCCACAAUGCACCUGUGAAAGUGAAGAAUGCCCUCGGGUGGAGCCCCCUCGCCGAGGCCAUCAGCUAUGGGGACAGACAAAUGAUCACAGCGUUACUGCGGAAGCUGAAACAGCAGUCUAGAGAAAACGUGGAGAGCAAAAGGCCUCGGCUGCUCAAAGCACUGUGGGAGCUUGGUGACUUUUACCUGGAGCUGCACUGGGACUUUCAGAGUUGGGUGCCUCUUCUAUCGCGAAUUUUGCCAUCCGAUGCCUGCAAAAUCUACAAGCAGGGACUCAAUAUCAGGUUAGACACCACGCUUGUGGACUUCAGUGACAGGAAGUGCCAGAGAGGCGACCUCAGCUUCAUCUUUAAUGGAGAAGCACCACCAGCCGAGGCCUUCGUAGUGCUUGACAACGAACACAAGGUGUAUCAGAAAAUUCAUCAUGAGGAUACGGAGAUGGAUACAGAGGAGGAGGUGGAUAUUCUGAUGAGCAGCGAUAUCUACUCAGCCACUCUCUCCACCAAGUCCAUCUCCUUUGCCCGCAGUCAGAUUGGCUGGCUCUUCAGGGAGGACAAGACGGAGAAGGUAGGGAACUUCGUGGGAGAUUUCUACAUGGUGAAGGGUCUGGUUUUGGAGUCCAGGAAGAGGCGAGAACACCUCAGUGAGGAGGACAUUCUGCGCAAUAAAGCCAUCAUGGAGAGCCUGAGCAAAGGAGGCGCUCUGGCAGAGCAGACCUUUGAGCCUGUCAGAAGGCAGUCACUCUGUGCCCCUGAGCCCAACACGCUGUCCUGGGAGGAAUACAUCUCCGCAGAAGUGGGAAAGGCUCCUCCUCUGGGCCGAGAACAGGUGUGUAAGGAGAGCAGGAAAGGUUUCAAGGCGACCGUAGCCAUGAGCCGAGACUUUCCACUGGGCAUCGAAUCCUUGCUGAAUGUAUUGGAGGUCAUAGCCCCCUUCAAGCACUUCAACAAACUCAGAGAAUUCGUUCAGAUGAAGCUUCCUCCGGGAUUUCCAGUCAAACUCGACGUCCCAGUGUUUCCAACCAUCACGGCCACGGUGACGUUUCAGGAGUUCCGCUACACUGAGUUUGAAGAGUCCGUCUUCACCAUCCCUGCCGAUUAUAAAGAAGACCCCAACCGAUUCCCUGACCUUUAGCCUCGUGGUUAGCAGUCUAUAAGCCUGUCCCAGAAGGCACACUGAGCCCUACGGCCCUCCAAGUCCUCACUUUGGUGACGGCAACAAUGUGCAGCUGUAUAGCGCUAAAGACCUUAAGGACAUAAGGGCACUGGGUAUAAAGUGUGGAUUAGAGACAGACCCAUGUGAUGUACAGACUGUGCAUAGACUAUAGGAAAGGACAGAGCUCAGAUCGCCCCCUGCUGUUUGCGGUUAAAACUUAGGUUAACAAUAUACUGGAUGCACAUUAGAGCUCAGGUCAAAUGCAGAUUUCAAGUUCAGGUUCUCACAGCCCACCUCCCACUUUUAACUCAUUUAACCUGCACUCCCCUCUUCAGUUUUUCUCUUUACUUUAUUCUUCCCUUCUACUUUCGCUAGCUUAAAGUUUUUAAUCUGGCAAAGCUGAAAUGAAUAUUGAUGUCCACAAAGCUCAUGCUCAAGCAAAAAUGGAUGCAAGUUUGUUUAAAACUUGUAAUCAAGUAUGUAGAGAAGAGUUUAGUGCAGCCAAAAGGAAGUUUAUACUUACUUAUUGUGGCCAGAAUAUUUUAUGUAUGUUAUGUGUAAUAAAAUGGAGUUUAAAGAUUAAACUGUAAUUAGGAAUCAGGAAGCUAGUGAUGUUUCAGCGUGCAUGGUGUGAAUAAUAUAUAUAAUCAGUUAACAGCAUCACUGCAGCAUCAUUGCAUUACUAGAAACAUGAGGAAAAUUGUAAUGUCUGUUUCGGGUAAUGAGCUGGUUUGAUUGAGUUUCAGACAGAUUUUUGCUAUAUGUGGGAUACAAAAUGAUGUGAUUUAAAAAAAAUCAGUAUCAUUAAUUGACAGGAAAAGACAGAAAAAACAGUUUUUGGGAGUCCAAAAUGGACUAUAUGGACACAGCAGGUGAUGUAGGUCUGCACGUUUCCUCCCCAUAUCCAGCCAAAGUAUGUUCGUGAUCAUACUUUUACUUGGUUAUAUGCAGUGACCCAAUCCAGAUUAAAUAUGUAACAUAGCUCAACGAAAAAAAGUUUUUAUCUCACCCCGUAUGUCAUCCGCUGUGUCAUGUUGGCUGAGCAGCUGGAUUGGAACCCGUAUCGAGAGGAAUUUUGAUUAAAACACUGUUGCCAAGACUACAUUGAAGCGAUUUGCACCAAAGGCCGCAAUAUGUGCAAAUGAGGACCUCAGAACUGCAGUGUGCCAACUGGGACAAGGCUUAUAUAGAUCUUACACCACCAACUAAAACUUUAUUAUAUAUCUUUUUGAUUGAUUAUCUCGAUAUAAAAGGGAUAGACCUCCUAACCUCAGUCAUUUGCGGUGAAACCACUCUUUAUUUUUGUCAUUUGCUUCAGUGAAAACUGUGAACAGUAUCUGUGUGUGUGUGUGUGUGUGUGUGUGUGUGUGUGUGUGUGUGUGUGUGUGUGUGUGUGUGUGUGUGAUGCGUGUGUUGUGAGGAAAUGGAUGGUGAACUAUGCUCUGGAUAUUCAUUAUGAUCUCCCUCCAGUGCCAACAGAGGAGAUUGUGUGUUACUGUUCUAAAGCUCAGGACCUUUAGCUGCAGGACUGCGUCUACUCACCAGCCAUAGAAAACACUCAGUACUCACAGAAGUAUGAGCAUAUUGUGUGUCUGAAGCACUAAAGUUCUUCAGAAUCAGCUCUUUUGUAGUUCCUCCAUCUGAUGCUGCUGCUGCGUGUUUUUGGUCAGGAUUACUAGGAAACAACGCUGCUGUUUAAAUUGCUCGAUCAUCGAUUCUAACAUAUAAAUACUAACAGUUCAGAGACGUUCAGGAGCCGAGCUCACCUUCGAGUCAUCCUGUAAGUGUGGCUACGUUUUAUUGCCCAUGGGAUGUUUCUUUGAUUCAUUUUUGCUUUAAAUAAUUACAAAUAAUAUAGAAAAGAUUUAUGGAAGUCUGGAGAGGCCAUGAGUUGUUGCUGUUUCUGGAUUUUUAUCCUGAGAUCACAGAUUAAUUCACUUGUUUGUUUGUUUUUUUCGAGAACUGCAUUUAAGAACAUUCACAAACUUCUUAGUGUUCGUCUUAAGAAUCUUCGCAAGAUUUUUCUUAUGCUUUCGUGAAUCCCAAUGUGGUCUCAGACUUUUGGACACGACUGUGUGUAUAUUUCUAUAGAUUUUUGUUCUUAUUAUCCUAAAUCAAUGAUCACACAGUAGCGGAUCUCAAACUUUAAGGCCUCCUUUGUUGGUAGUGCCCCUGCACAGCUCUCGCCCCCACUUGCUCUUUGACCUUGCUUCAGGGGUCAUUAAUUUCAUUAAAUAAACGAGGACGAGAAUGAAGGCAGAUGAUCCGCUGGGGCGACCCCUAAAGGGAGCAGCCGAAAGAAGAAGAAGAAACGAGGACGAAAACCUUGUCCAUUUUGCUGGCUUCUUCUGCAUCUGUUGCUGAGCAUUAAAACUCAAACUGGUGGCCAUGGGGGGUCAUGCAGUCCUGUACACCAGUGGUCACCAACGCUGCUCCUGGAAAUCUACCUUCUUAAAGAACUCACUUCCAACCCAAAAGAAACACAUCUUAGAUUCGUUGGAUGUGGGCCAGAGCUCAGUUCUGCAGGUAGAUAAGAUGUCCAGGAGCAGAAGUGGUGACCACUGCUGUGCUGAACUAAAUAACAUGAUAGCAUCUUGCAGAAACCAAACCUUUGUCUGCCUUCUGUUUUGCCAAAAAAUGAACAGUGACCUUAAAUUUUUCCUUAAUUGUCAGGAAAGAAGUGUGACAAAUAAGCAUUUAUUGCAAAAUAGUGUUAAGUAAAGGUAUGCAAGGGUUGUCAUGUUAUUCGGUAAGUUAUACUCAUGUGUUCAGAUAAGAAUGUAAAAUAUACAUUUGAUAAAAAUGCAUCAAAGAAAUAUCCCACAGACCUGAUCGCUACCCGACAAAUCUUUAUUCCUUUGUAGUGUCCUGUGCUCCUUUUGAGCUCCAUUCCUUCAGCUUCUACCCUACUCAAAUACCCCUUCAGAAAGCAAUAACCAAAACGAAUGAGGUACUAAUGAUUAAGGUACUGUCAGGUAUUGGUGAAGGUGCACGGAGUUUGUGGAUCUAUGCACUGAUUGGCAUCGCUGUAUUUGAAUCGAGUCUCAUAUAAAAGCUAUUGAGCUACUGAACCAGUAAAACAAGCUGUUGAACGUAUCAGCAAAAAAAGUCGAGGGCAUUCUGACAUAUCAAAGUAAAAAUCUUGCUUUUUUUUUUUUUU